UCAGUACAAAACCGCAUAGUUUUUAACAAGGUCUUGUCUAGAUUGGAGACAAAGGCGAAGACUGCAGUGUGUCGAAAAUACACGAAACAUAACGACGAUUACCGAAUCGAGGAAGCCAUAUUGGAUAUUUAUGUGGUUUUGUCACAGAUACAACAAUUGUACCAUACCUCGGCGGAAAUAAGAAAGAGCAGCAUGUACCCUUAUUGAGAGGCUGUGGGCUUGACUUGAAGAACAAAUGGAAGACUCGGGCAGAUCAUCCUAUUCGAAACAUGACAGGAAAGGGAAAGCAGCAGAUGACUCUGAUUCAUGGAGGAGCCCCUUGCAUGCAGACUGUCUGGACUAUGGAAGAGGCCUCAGCAGUAUGCCAGACAAGGGGGCUCACAAGAAGAGGGCCACACCCGGGAGCUUUGGCAGUAGUCCUAGGAAAGGAGGACAAGGUCUCCUGAGCACCAGCCCUGCCGGGUUUAAGAAGGCGGGUCAGAACCCUGGACAGAGAAUGAAUGACGAGUUGAGAGACGGGUUCCGGAACUUCCCCAGCCAAGAAGACCACCGCAUAAGAGCUGAAAACUGGCGCGAGAGACAUCUCGGCUCCGAUUCAGGCCGCCGGAGGAAGGAUUCUUUCCAGGAGGCUAGCGAGGAUGUGAGCAGGCAGGCUGAGGAUGUCAGCAGAGGACACGGCAAUAAUAGGAGGCAUCUUCAGAAAAAAACAGCCACUGACGAAUCUGCUGGAUCAGUGGUACAGACUCUGGCAAAUAAACUAAAAGUCAAAGCAAGGAGGAGGAAUCACAUGGACAGGGAUGAAGACAGGGAUGUGCCUGUUAUUGAUGAAUCUGCCUUGUCAGAAAAAGAGCUCUUGGGACUAAUCCAGGCAGAGGAAAGACUAAAGAGAGAGGACAUUUUCAGACUGAAAAAGCAAUCUCACAGCUGUCCAGAUUCAAAGUAUAUCUGCAUGCUGUGUGAUGUUUUGAUUGAUUCGAUAUCUUCAGCACAUAAGCAUAUUAAAGAAAAGUGGCAUAAGAAGAAAGCAAAGGAAAAGCAAGAGGAUGCGAUGCUUACAGCUUUACCUCCACCAAAUCCAUCUCAGGUGAAAGCUAUUGGCUCUGCCAUUGACAAGAUUGUGCAAGAGCAUGGUUUAAGUGAUGAUGACAUAACAAUAAGGCAACAAAUUGUGGAGUACAUGCAGGAAACAAUCAAAUCUGCUUUACCUGAUUGUUCACUCAGGUUGUAUGGAUCCUCUUGCACAAGAUUUGGUUUCAAAGAUUCUGAUGUCAACAUUGACAUACAGUUCCCAGCACAUAUGCAUCAACCUGAUGUAUUACUGCUGGUUCAGGAGAGCCUUAAAAAUAGUCCUUCCUAUAUUGACCUUGAGGCCCACUUUCAUACCAGGGUCCCAGUAGUGGUGUGCAGGGAGAAGCAAAGUGGUCUCCUUUGUAAGGUGAGCGCAGGCAACGACAGUGCGUGCCAAACCACAGCACUCCUGGCAGCUGUGGCCAAACGGGAACCCUGUCUUGCUCCUCUUGCGAUGGCCUUCAGACGCUGGGCGAAGAUCUGCCAUAUCGACCAGCCUGAUGAGGGAGGGUUGCCUCCUUAUGCCUUUGCCUUGAUGGUCAUCUACUUCCUGCAGCAGCGGAAGGAGCCUGUGCUCCCAGUGUACCUGGGUUCAUGGAUUGAAGGUUUUUCCCUGAAAAACCUUGUAGAUUUCAGGCUUACUGGUGUGGAAGAUGGUCACGUUCUGUGGGAGUAUAGCCCAUCCCCGGAAGAGUCCAAAACCACUUCUAAGGAGUUUAUCAAGAAGGGCAUGGGCUUGCUGACGUUUGACUCGAAACACCGGUGUGAAGUUGCUGUUGGGCAGCUGUGGGUGGAAAUGCUGCGCUUCUAUUUACUGGAUUUCCCGAUGACUGAUCACGUCAUUUGCAUUCGUGUAAAGCAGCUCCUCACACGAGAAUCAAAGGACUGGCCUAAGAAGAGGAUUGCCAUAGAAGAUCCCUACUCCGUGAAGAGGAAUGUGGCAAGGACUCUCAACAGUCAGCUUGUAUACGAGUACAUUCUGCACUGCUUAAAAACAACCUACAAAUACUUCGCUUCGCCUCUGAAACGGCACAUAAAACCCAACAAGCAAAAUCAGAAGCAAAUUGUGGAUCAAGGCACUGUUGCUCUACUUGGAGAAGGAAAAGAGACUAUGCCACCAGUUGUGAAUGAAGUGCAUUUAAUUCAGUCAGAGUGGGACACCUCUGUUAGUCGUAUUAUGAAUGUGAAUCUUGAAAUCUGUUCCCCUAAAGAAACCAUCACUGUAGGAUUUCCAGGAAGAGCAAACGGUAAUGAUGGUUUAACAGAACAAGAAGCUGUGUACAUUGAAAGAGGAAGUGGUGCUUUUCAGGAGGAUUCAGAUUGCAUCAUUGAAGAGAUUGUAAUGGAAGAGCCUGAUGGUUAUAAGCCUAGUUCUGGUGAUACAGAAAGUGGAAAUGAAGAGGAAGAACAGAGACAGGAAGAUGAAAAGUUAUACUCUUCAGAUGCUGAACAACUCUUUGGAGAGGAGGGGAACGCUGUAGAUUCUAGUACUUUGCCUUGCUUUUCCAGAGAAUUGGAAAUUGAGACUGAGAGCCAUUCAGAUUCAGAAGGGCGCCUGGUUAUGGGAACAGUGGAUAGUGAUGACUUUGGUUUUGAUGAGGCAGCAAAGCCAGGCAGAGAGAAUGAAGAUGCAGACAGCAGUGAGGGGUUGGCAGAGUCAUUGGGCAAGAUGACAGUAGCCCAAAAGAACCAUGAUUUUGGUAGCAAUAACUCAGAUGAAGACAAUGAUGAAGUAUGUCACAGAUCUCACUUAGACAGCCUUACUACAGAAAAUGAACUGGAUAAUUUAUAUACGGCUUCUGGGGAGGAAGCCCUCUCAGAUGAUGAGGGAGGGCAAAGUGCUCAUGAGUCUGCUGAGGUUCACAGUGCCCCGGAAAAAAUAGUUGAUGACACUGGGGCAAAUCGCAAAUCAUUUUUGGAUGAUCCUCCUCACCAAAAAGUUCCAGAAGAGCCUUUGGAAAGCUGCACAGCUGAUCAAGCGCAGCAAGAUGAACUGAGCUAUGAGUUCAGCAAACUAAUGUUUACGAAGGGCAAGUCACCCACAGUUGUGUGCAGUCUGUGUAAACACGAAGGACACCUGAAACGCGACUGUCCUGAAGACUUCAAGAGGGUUGAACUCGAUUCUUUACCUCCGAUGACACCGAAGUUCCUUAAAAUACUCCAUCAAGUUUGCAUGCAGUGUUACAAUGAUUUCUCCCCAGACGUGAUUGAGGAGAAAGUUCGUGAGCACAUUUUGCAGGACCUGGAAAAGUUUGUCAGGAUGCAGUUUCCAGGAGCUAAGUUAAGUUUAUUUGGUUCAUCUAAAAAUGGGUUUGGCUUCAAACAAAGUGAUCUUGACAUCUGCUUAACCUUUGAAGGAAAGGAAACCGCAGAGGGGCUGGACUGCAUUGGAAUAAUUGAGAGCUUAGCCAAAUAUCUGAAGAAACAUUCAGGUCUGCGAAAUAUACUGCCUAUUACAACAGCCAAAGUCCCAAUUGUCAAAUUCUUCCAUUUGAAAACUGGUCUGGAAGGAGACAUUAGUUUGUAUAACACAUUGGCUCUACAUAACACGAGACUACUUGCAUGUUAUGCAGCUAUAGAUGCAAGAGUGAAAUACCUGUGCUACACCAUGAAGGUAUUUGCAAAGGUGUGUGACAUUGGAGAUGCAUCAAGAGGCAGUCUAUCUUCGUAUGCUUACACUUUGAUGGUGCUGUACUACCUGCAACAAAGAAACCCGCCCGUUAUCCCUGUGCUUCAAGAGCUUUACGAUGGCCCAAAGAAACCUGAGGUCCUUGUUGAUGGCUGGAAUGUGUACUUCUUUGAUGAUCUUGAAAACCUGUCUAACAGAUGGCCUGACUUUGGGAAAAACACAGAGAGCGUAGGAGAGUUGUGGCUUGGAUUGCUUCAGUUCUACACUGAGGAGUUUGACUUCAAGGAGCACGUUAUCUGUAUACGGAGGAAGAAACUCCUCACUACUUUCAAGAAGCAGUGGACAUCAAAGUACAUUGUUAUUGAAGAUCCAUUUGACCUGCACCAUAACCUUGGUGCUGGAUUGUCAAGAAGAAUGACUAAUUUCAUCAUGAAGGCAUUCAUCAAUGGAAGGAGAGUCUUUGGGUCACCUGUUAAAGUGUUUCCCAGUGAAUACUCUACUAAAAUGGAGUACUUCUUUGACCCCGAAGUGAUGACAGAGGGUGAGCUGGCACCAAAUGACAGAUGCUGUCGAAUCUGUGGGAAAAUUGGACACUUUAUGAAGGACUGUCCACUGCGCAGAAAAUUAAGGCAGAAACGUGACCACCGAGGCCACGAAGAUGCUUUGUAUCAAAAGCGGCAUCAUGGAGAGAUAGAGGCAGGAAAUGUAGAUGGCUCAGGGCAGAGACCGAGAGCUGACAACCACGAAGCCGUCAGGGAAUGGACCCCUCGGCAGUCUGCAGACAAGUGGAGGAAGCAGGAGGAGCGAGAGUUCAGGGAAAAGCGCUGCUUCAUCUGUGGCGCUGAAGGACACAUUAAGAAAGAGUGUUCUCAAUACAAGGGCUCUGCAGGCAAUUACCGAAGUGAUGCGUUAUGUUCUUCACCAUCUGCUCCCAGCAAUUUGAAGAACUUGAAAGCAAAACAAGGUACUUAUCAGCCGGAAGAAAAACAAAAGCAGAAGCAGCCAAAAAUAUUUUUAAGCCCUCAAGCAGGUCGGUCCUUUCAGGGAAUAACAGUGGAAGACCCUCCACUUGGUCGUUCCUGUUUAGCCGGACCCAUUCCAUCUCCACCUUUACCUUACCAGCGGGCUGACACGCCAGCAACUGAAGCUUCUUCCCGUUGCAGUCUUGCAAGCAAGCAUAUGACUCAGGGAAGAUCAGCUCAAAAAUGGAAUCAACUGGACUGAAAUGACAAUACCUGUUUAUUUUAAACCAUCUUUAGCUUUUCUGAUGUAUAGAUGUUUUUUGUUUUAUUAUUAAUUAGAUAUUGAAGUAAGCAAUUAGCAAGCUUUUUUCAUUUAAAAACUUGAGCCAAAGGAUUCUAUUUCAUGUUUGUUUUUAUUCAGUCUCUAAGGAGAACGUUUUAAUGUUUUAAAGAAAAAGCCAUGGUGCAUGAUAUCUAUAUACUUUGAAAUUUGUUUAUUGUAACAUUUUUUAAAACGCAAUUUUCUUGUGCACUGUAAAGGACAUGUCUGUGGAAGCAUAAUUUAACUUGUCCUCCUUUGAAAUCUCUCAAGUGUAGUAAUGUGCAUUUAGUAUUUUAGAAAUAAUGGCACCAACAUGCAAAUUUAAGUUUAGCCUCUCCAAAAAUCAAUGCAUUUUUUGUAUUCAUUUGAAUUUCAGUUCAGUGUUGAAGUAUAAAAUAUGAAUUAUCUUGCUUGGUGUUUUCCAGUAUUGCUGUGAUUAUAACAAAGAAUGUGGGGCUUGCCUCCAGGCUGAUAUUGCUGCUAUAUAGAUUUAUUACUGUCUGUGAAACCUGUGACAGAAAUAAAAUUUCUUAAGAAAAGAA